AUGCCGAGUGAAAUGAUAACAUUGCAACUCGGCCAAUGUGGCAAUCAGAUCGGUUUCGAGUUCUGGAAACAGCUAUGCAUAGAACAUGGGAUAUCUCCUGAGGGAAUAUUAGAGGAGUAUGCCUCGGCAGGCUCGGAUCGAAAAGAUGUGUUUUUCUAUCAAGCAGACGAUGAUCAUUAUAUUCCAAGGGCAGUGUUGUUGGAUCUGGAGCCUCGUGUGAUACACACUAUCAUGAAUUCACCGUAUGCAAAGUUAUACAACCCUGAAAAUGUUUACCUAUCCAAACAUGGUGGAGGUGCGGGUAAUAACUGGGCAUCAGGAUAUGCUCAGGGCGAGAAACUGAAUGAAGAGGUGUUUGAUAUUAUUAACAGAGAAGCUGAUGGAAGUGAUAACUUAGAGGGUUUUGUGCUCUGCCACUCCAUAGCUGGUGGUACAGGCUCAGGUAUGGGCUCCUACAUCCUAGAACACUUGUCAGACAGGUUUCCCAAGAAACUUGUCCAAACAUACAGUGUGUUUCCCAACUUGGAUGAAAUAAGUGACGUAGUAGUACAGCCAUACAACUCACUGCUCACACUGAAGCGUCUAACGGAAAGCGCAGACUGCGUGAUGGUGCUAGAUAACACAGCACUUAACCGCAUCGCCAGCGACCGACUGCACAUACAGAAUCCAUCGUUCGCACAGAUCAACACACUCGUCUCAACUAUCAUGAGUGCGAGCACCGCCACACUUAGGUACCCAUCGUACAUGAACAACGAUCUGAUCAGUCUCGUGGCUCCAUUGAUACCGACCCCGCGGCUACACUUCCUCAUGACGGGCUACACACCUCUUACGGCUGACCACGAAUUAAAUACCGCGCCGAAAAUUCGAAAAACCACAGUUUUAGACGUUAUGCAGCGGUUAUUGCAGCCAAAAAAUAUGAUGGUCUCAUUAAGUCCCGACAGAACAAAUCAGCAUUGCUAUAUAUCAAUAUUGAAUAUUAUACAGGGAGAAGUGGAUCCAUCUCAGGUUCACAAGUCGCUGCAAAGGAUCCGAGAGCGUAAGCUGGCAUCUUUCAUACCUUGGGGCCCCGCAUCUAUACAGGUUGCAUUGUCGCGCCGCUCGCCCUACGUACACGCCUCACACAAGGUCUCGGGCCUGCUGCUCGCCAACCACACUAACAUAUCCUCGUUGUUCGACAGAUGUCUACAACAGUUCGACAAGCUGCGCAAACGCGAGGCUUUCUUAGAGGUGUUCCGUAAGGAGCCUAUGUUCAAGGAAUCUCUUGAGGAGUUCGACGAAUCUCGGGGCGUUGUCGACGAUCUUGUACAAGAGUACCAAGCUGCUGCCACGCCUGAUUAUGUUCAUUGGAACCCAGAGAGCAAUCAAAUAUAA